AUGGAUUUAUUAUUGAUAAUGCUAUCCUUUAUAAUUAGGUUGGUCUGCAGAGACAUGGAUUUUUUCAUUGAUGAGGAUUUCAGUGUGACCGGUAACACCAGCCAUGAAACAGGACGAAGAAUACUAGAAGGCAGCAAAAGCCAAGGACUCAACCACAGUGACCCCCUCGACAUGUUCAUAGGCAUGGAGCUUCUUCUUCGUUUCAAACUUCUCUUCCUACCUCUCUACUGCCUUGUAGUGGGUGUGGCUGGUGUUGGAAACUCCUUCCUGUUGGCUUGCAUCUUGUCUGAGAAGAAACUCCACAAUGCCACCAACGUUUUCAUUGGUAACCUAGCUGCAGGAGACCUGCUCAUGUGUUUGAGUUGUGUUCCACUGACUGUGUCUUAUGCCUUCGACAGCCAUGGCUGGGCUUUUGGGAGACCCCUAUGCCACCUGGUCCCCUUGCUGCAAUGUGCCACAGUGUUUGCAUCAGUACUUUCACUCACUGCCAUCGCUGCAGAUCGCUAUGUUGUUGUAGCUCACCCAGUACGGAAGAGGAUCUCUGUUUCGGGCUGUGGUGCAGUGACUUUGGGUGUAUGGCUUUUAUCUCUGGCCCUGGCUGCACCUACAUCUAUCUACACACGCUACCUGGACCUGCGACCGAGUGGUAUUGACUUGAUAGUGUGUGAGGAAUUCUGGCCAAAUAGUGGCAAUCUGCGGCUGCUCUAUUCCUGCUUCAUUCUCAUAGCCUCCUAUAUGAUCCCGCUGCUGUCAGUCAGUGUAUCCUACUGUGCCAUCACUGUCAGCCUAAAACACUAUUCAGUACCUGGGGAGCCAUCCAACAGCCAGCAGCGCUGGAGCCAAAGGAGGAAGAAGACCUUCUCUCUGCUGGUGGCCUCAGUGCUGGCCUUCGCCUUGUGUUGGCUGCCUCUGCAGGUGCUGAACCUCCUGCUGGACCUGGACCCAGACUUCCACAUCAUCGGGAAGCGCUACAUAAACCUCUUACAAGUCUGCUGCCAUUUAGUAGCCAUGAGCUCUGCAUGUUACAACCCCUUCAUCUAUGCCUCACUGCAUAGCAAGGUGCGCAUGCACCUGAAAGCUUACCUGUGUCCUUGUCACAAACGUCAGAGGGCAAUGGUGGAGAGACCAACGUCCAGGAGCUGAUUUUCAACUGUGCCUGCUAAAAUACAACUGCUUUA